CUUCCUGGAAACUGCACGCUCUUGUUGAGCACGUUCGAUAGGUCUGGCUGCUUUAUGUGUGCUGACGAGUCUGCUCUACACAACAAUAGCUAAUUGAAAAUUAACCUAAAAAAAGAUUUGGAAAGGAAUUGGUAGUCCUCUCUUGGGGUUGAUAGCUUUUCUUCAGCCUGGGUAGCCGGGUAACGUUAGCUAGCUAAACUAACAGUUGGCUACUAACUAGACGGCUUCAGACAGGAAAAUGGCCACUGUUUCAAUCCCUGAAAACACUACCGCACUUUUGCUGGAUAUUGAAGGAACCACGACACCAAUAACGUUUGUAAAGGUAGCCAGGACAACAAACCAAGACAGUGCAUGGCUUUUGUGGUGUGUUUUUUUUGUAGACUGAUGGUUUGACUGCUAGCUAGCUACAUGCUAACGGUGCUGUUUCUCUACUGUAGGACAUUUUAUUCCCAUACAUCAAAGAUAAUCUCGAGGAGUAUCUGUCGGCGCACUGGGAAGAAGAUGAAUGCAAACAAGACGUGCAUCUCCUUAAGAAACAGGUAACUGGUUUGCUGCAAACUGUGGACAAUGAUGACCAGUUAGCAGUGACUGCACACAAUUUCAGACAGAAUAUGCAACACCCAUGCAUUAAUUUUGGUUGAUAACAUGCAAGUUUUGAUUUGUUGAACCAGUUAAUGAUUGCUUGUGUGGUAUGCCCCACAUUAAUACAUUAAACGACUGCUGUUCAGAGUUGGGUGUCAACAGCCAUAGCAACCUCAUCUCGUGUAGCUAACUAUUAUUGUCGUCUGUUCUAACUACAGUGAUUUACUGUGGUAAAUAUAUAAACUAUGUUUUUAUUUUCUUCUAAAGAGCUAGGCCUACAUGGAUUUUAGAUUUCCUGUGUUUUCAUCGUUUCCUGUAAUCCAGUGGGUUUGGGUUUAGCCCAAAUUUAUAGCUAUGUAGGUCACAGAUAAUGGGUGUAUUUGAUUAGCUACCAGCCAUAGAAGUGCCCUGCAUCCUGGAAGCCUGCAGGCUGUCAUAUGGGAUGAUGUGAGUGCAGGAGAUGAGAGCUUUCAGAGCUGCACUCAUAUUCACUGGUUACUACAGGACGCAUCUUUUUUGCGCCAGGGACUGGCAAGCUAAGGUGCUUUAACUCCUUUUGAGGACAUCUUGCCUUAAAUCAAAACUAGCACUUGAAAUCUGAAGAGAUCGGUCAUCUGAGGGACCAGAACCAGGGGGUUGAGGGACACUGACAUAGUUCAUGGCAUGCUAUCAAUGACACACCGAUUACAGGAAAUGAUGUAACAUUAUUAGGUUCCUCAAUAAGAGAUGCAGCCAGGAGGUCUGUGAAUGGAGCUAUGAGAUCUCUCCUCCUCCAAUGAGCUUACUGAAUUGGAGAAGGCAGAACAGUGAUCAGUUCUCAUUAUAGCAUGGUGAUUUCCAUAAUAUCUAAUUGACUGUAAUGAACAGUUUCCUGUCUGCCAGGAGCUGUCUGUCUCCAUCCUUGAUGGGGUGGUUGAUGGAGAGGAGUGCAGAGGCCAGCCUUGAAAUAUCAAUGCACCAAACAAGCCCCAUAAAUGUUAGUCAAUAUAUAUACGUUGGACAACCCCAAGAGUUGUCAAUGUGUAAUUCGAACCCUGCUUCCUAAUGAACAUGACCCUGAUUGACCCGGUCAUCAUGUUAGGUUGAGGAGGACCUGCGUCUGCACCGAGCAUGUGCGCAGCACUCCCUGGACCAGUCUGGGCACACGGACGAGGAGAAAGCCAUCCGGGAGGUGGUGGACAACGUGCUGUGGCAGAUGGCUUCGGACAGGAAGACCACAGCUCUGAAACAGCUGCAGGGACACAUGUGGAGGGUGGCCUACGCUGCCGGGAGAAUCAAAGGCGAGUAAGUAGCUGAGAGUGUUCCUUCUAUUGGACGGAUGGGACUGUAUGAUGGAUGUAUGAGGUUACUGGCGGCAGGUAGCCUAGCGGUUAAGAGUGUUGGGCCAGUAACCGAAAGGUCGCUGGUUCAAAGCCCAGAGCCAACUAGGUGAAAAAUCUGUCGAUGUGCCCUUGAGAAAGGCACUUAACCUAAGAGCAUCUGCUAAAAAUGACUAAAGUGUACUGUCUGAGGGUACUACUGUUUGAGGGUACUACUGUAGGAGGGAUGAAUCCUUACUCGAUCUUAGUGCAAAUCUCCCAUAGACAUCACUUCAUGUUUAACAUAAAUCAGAGAAAUGUGUGUACAGAUUGCAAGAUGAUAUUCUUCCCUGCAUGAAUGUAGGCCUACAGGAUGUGGAGCCCUAUGCAAUUGUGCUCAAGGUGGUGGCUUCUAAACCGGCUGUGGGAGGAUCAAGUCCUAUUGUACUGUUGCAUUUCUUCCAAAUGUCACCUUCAAACCCGAUGACUCAUCCCGAUGAAAAUACAGGAUUACUAAGGUGUGUGUGUGUGUGUGUGUGUGUGUGUGUGUGUGUGUGUGUGUGUGUGAACCAGGGUGUACCAGGACGUGGUACCGUCCAUUAGGAGGUGGAGACGGCAGGGCCUGAAGGUUUAUAUCUACUCCUCUGGCAGUGUGGAGGCUCAGAAACUACUGUUUGGAUACUCUGUAGAGGGAGACGUACUAGAUGUAAGGAAGUCUUCUCUUUAUAAACUGUUUAGAACACACACACUAAUCUACAUUGUAAUACACUCCCAGCUAAAUUCAGAUUUUCUCUAUCCUUUCAGCUAUUUAAUGGCCACUUCGACACCAACAUAGGCACUAAAGUAGAAAGUAAAAGCUAUGAGAGGAUUGCAGAGAGAAUGGGCUGCCCGCCUGAAGAGAUCAUGUUCCUGACAGAUGUCACACGAGGUAAGUCCCCUGUAGAGGUAAGUCCCCUGUAGCUCAGUUGGUAGAGCAUGGCGCUUGCAACGCCAGGGUUGUGGGUUCGUUUCCCACGGGGGGCCAGUAUGAAAAUGUAUGCACUCACUAACUGUAAAGUCGCUCUGGAUAAGAGCGUCUGCUAAAUGACUAAAAUGUAGGUGUUGUAGCAGGCGGAUUAGUUUAACACUGAAUGUCAUUUACAUAAAUCAGAGUGAGCCAGAGCCUUUCUACCUAGCAGGAUCACCCUCAGAAGCCUUACCAACCUUAGCUAUGACUCUGAAUUCCACUAGCUAGUCAAAGGGCUUGUCCUGAACUACAACAACCCAGCCUGCGUUAGGCCAGUACAGCUGCUGCUUUAGAAUAUCAAAUAGGCAUAUUUGAACUUUUAUUUAUUUGACUAUAUUAUGGACUGUUUUAUGUACACACAUGUUCUCAAUAACCAACUGGUUAACAUGAAGGAAGAUAAAUAAUACAUUGACCAGAUUUUGAUAUCCAAAGUCAUGUAGCUAGCUAGCCCUGCACUAAUCCAGAAUAGCAUUUGGAAAGGCUGUUGUAUCGCAGUUAAAUUAGUACUGUAUUAAUGCCCUGUGCUGCACUGCACUACAGCAAGGCCCUCCUCCAGGGAAUGCAGAUGCCAUCAUGUUAGUGUAGCGGUGCGCUAACGCAUAGAGAGCCACACAGUUGCAUCAGGGGCUGGGACCACAAGCACCAUGAGGCUUCCAUGUCACAUGGUCUACCUUCCUUUGUUGUGUAGAAUGUUAACUUACAACCAAGGGUUAGGGCCUCUGUUACACCGGGACUGGGACUCGAGUGAGCCUGCUAUAGUGGGAUCCUAGUGUAGCUCAGGGAACAUGGGUGACUGAGAGGAGGCUAUUACAGUAGUGUGUUUUGUUCCUCCCUGCAGAGGCCAAGGCAGCGGAGGAUGCUGGUGUGAACGUGGCUGUGGUGGUGCGGCCAGGGAACAUGGAGUUGACAGAGGAGGAAAGGUCUCACUAUAACCUCAUUACAACCUUCAGCCAACUGGAAGUGACGGGCAGCGCUUAACACUGGAGGAGAGGGGAGCGGGUACAGAUGCUGCCUUCCGAUUUUUCCCUUCUCCUCCCCAAAGUGUAUAAUCAUUGACUCCCCCUUGUGGAUAUAAAAAAACAUUGAUUGGUCUACACAUGGGAGUUUUCACCAUAUAUUUUACACCUUUGCAUUGUUUUUAAAUCCAUGAGGGGGAGUAAUGAUUGCACACUUCAGGGAGAAGGGUAGAGAAUCGGAACACAACCAGAGAGUGGGAGAACACACUCACUCACUGGCCCUGUUAAAAGGACUGGAAUGGUAAAAGCAACGUGAUGGACGCUCCUCUAGACCUAUUGGGAGAGCCAGGUGGAACCGAAAUGGAACCGGGCCACUCACGAGAACUGUUUGUGGGAGGGUAAUGGGAGGUUCGGGCCAUUGAUCAAAGGACUUUGGGAGUGCACUAAGAGGGGAGCCUGGGUGCCAGUCUGUUACUGCUCUAGCCAGUGUAGCGUUGUUGAACACAGGAACAGUCGGAUAUCCAGGCUAUGCACAGGGUGGGUAACGGGCAACAAGCACGAAGUCGUACCAGUCUGCAGACUGCACAUUUAAGGGACAUGACAGGGUUUCUUUCACCUUUUUUAAAGCAUUUUAAAUAAAAACUAUUUAAGUUGAUCACUUUGUAUUUCUUUAACUGUAAUAUGGUUAAAAUGCUCUUGGAAGUUUUGAGUGCUACAUUUCUGUACUGUGUUUUUGUUUGUAUUGUGAGUCACAUAUUGAAACAUGUUGAGUAUAGCCCAAUCCUGUACAAGUGCAUUAAUCAGAAUGCAAAGGCAGGUUUUAUUGUAAAAUAUCAUUUAAUGUUCUAACAAACAGCAGUACAACACAGAUGCAUUUGUCAGUUAUGCUCGAAUGGUAAUGAUAAAGCCUAGUGUUGUACUAAGUUAUGUGAAAUGGAGAGAACACUGAAAAAGAUCCCCAUGACUUGUGUUUAAUGGGAGCAAGUGAUAUGGUUCAAAAUGGCAUCAUUGUACCUGGAUGAUAAUACUACUGUACUACUCAUUUUCACAGAGAGGCUGAUAUCGUCUUCAUCACAAACUGUUGUCUUUCUUAAUUCAGGUUGAAAAUAGAGGGAGGUAGACAGACGGACAGGAAAUAGAACGCAGCAAAAUACCUCUGUCAGUAGAUGAAGUUGGGUAGAAUGAGAAGACUCCAAAUAGGAGAGGUGAUGACUCCCAUCACACAAUCAAUUGAGGAUUUGGCUGUAUUCAUCUGAAAGGAAGAUCAGUGGGGUAGUGUGAUAGAAGAAUUUGAAUGUUUAAAGAUUAUGACUAAAUGAUUCCACCCUUAAAACUGUAGGAUUGUGUGGAAUGUAUUAGAAUCAUAAGUAUGCACUGUGUGAAAUGUGUUAUUGUGCAGUUAUGCCAGCAGGGUGCGACAUGGAACCAAUGAACAGGAAAUAGGUUUUGAAACCAGAGGUUUCCACCCAGGGAGGGGAAGAGCGAGGCUUACAACAUAUAGUAAAACGGAAUAACCAUGUAUGUGUGUGUGAGUAUAUAUAGAAUGGCUUUGCACGAUUGGGGCAGAGCGCUCUCUGAAUAAAGACCUGAUAAUUGUAAACUGGGAGACUGUUUAUUAGAGAUUUACAACCUCUGGGAUACAGAUUGAGUAAUAUAAGAGUUCAGUUUGAAACAUUGAGAUAGAAAUUCUCGUGACAUAGUGUCACUAUCAAUCUGAGAUAUGAGUUAUCUAUCCUUCUACAACUCACCGCUACAUGAUAAACAGUCAUGCACAUCCAUCUUCAAUGAAACCGUUUAGCAACUUUUAGCAAACACCCCUGUUACUGUUUAUGAGAUGACAAAGGUAAUGAUUUCUUUGUGCUUAUGGAAAGUUUGUUGCUUUUGAAAGAUCACCUCAACGUACAAUAGUAGUAGAAAGACGCAGUCGUUCACAGGUUAUUGCGUUUAAACAGGCAGACAUGCAGUAGUGGUUGACUAACUCUUCUUCAGUAACUAACAGACCCACUGGAUUCCUUGACCCUUACAAAUAUCAUGUUCAUUUGUACAUUUCCCCCAACUGACAAACACAGGCAACCUAACCUAACUGUUUUGUAGUACUCCAGAGCCAAGCUAUAGCUGGUCAGACUGGUACUCUGACACCUCGGAGAAGGUUUCUGACAGGCUGAGAGGCGGGUCGCGGUCAUCGGUGCAGACGAUCUCGAAGUGGUAGUGUCUGAACUCAAUGGCAAAGGUGGCGAGGAAGCCCAGGAAGAACAUGACCAGCGCCCACUGCGCCCGCGCCGCAUGCAUGUGAAGACGUUGCGCCAUCAGGGCAAAGUCUGA